GAUUUCUGAUUGUUCCUUGUUUGGCUAUUCGUAACGCAAACGUCUAUUUUAUAUAUCCAUAUAAUAUACUCCAAUAUUUUUCUUUCUAGCAUAUAUUUUCAGAACUAGCCUACAUAAGUACCAAAUAUGCAGGAGAUCGAUGAAGUAACCGCACAUAUGCCAGGUUUUGGGCAACUUUUGUCUGAAGAUGAAUUAGCGCCAGCUGAAGAUGUCAAAGCUGCCUUAUUUAAGAUAAAAGCACCGCCUCAAAGAAAGGCCAAAGUCAAAUGUAGAAAACUUUUGAAAACAAAACCAUUUACACAAGCUUCGUUUGUGAGUGAGAAAAAUUCUAUCAAAGUGGAAAAGGAGCCAUCGCCUUAUAGGUAUCCAGAUGACUUCAAGAAGUUCGCCCAUGGUGUGAUGACGAAAGCUUGGAGAAAAGAGCUACAUCUGAAGGAAUUGGGGGUGAAGUGUUCGAAAAAACCUGAUCACAGGACCAGAGCCAGAAGGGACAUACUGAGGAGGGUGUAUGUUGAAGAUGAGCCACUGCCAUUUGAACCAAAAUCUGUUUUGGAUGUCGAUCCUAAGUUUUUCACUGAUGUGGAAGGUCGGCCGGUUGCUGACAAGCUAAAUGUUCGCGAAUAUAUAACAACAAUCAGAGAAGCAUUAAGAACACGGAUUGUUGUUGGCUACAGAGAAGAUGAUUUAAUGCUUUUAGAAGAACACUUGCUCAUCGAGCAAGAAGAGAUUAAUGAAAUCAAGACUAGACUUCACUGGUAUAUUGGCAUUUUUGAAGAACUUUUGUUUCGCUCCCAUACGGACUCCAUGGAAAUACUGCGUAGGUCCGAAAACGUUGCUGAAGAAGCAAACGAAAUGUAUGAACAACAUAAAGCUAUUAUGAAAAAAUGCGCGUCCAUCAGAACAGCCCUGUAUAUUUCUGAAGAGAGAUGGCAUAACUGCCUGUUGUACCAAAGAUUUUUAUACACUAUGAGCCCAUUAAAAUAUAGAAAUGAACAUCCCCUAGCUUUUUCCCCCAAAGAUGCAGGAUCCGAAACUAAUGAUGCUAUAUCACUGACGGACAUCAUUGAGGAGUUCAAGGACCCAGAGAAGUACGAGGCGCCAGAUCUGUACUUUACCGAGCCAGAACAGCUGUUAGAAGCAUUUCGCUUCAUGGAGUUGCAAAAUUUGAGCUCCCUACUCUACAACGAGGAACUAGCAGUACCUCUAGAAUCAUUAAGGUUCAGCAUCAUAGCUGCAGAAGAACGAUUCAGUAGACAGAUCAAAAAGUUGGAAGAACAGAUAACUCUGCUCGAGGGCGGAAUAAGGAAAGUUGUAAAUAGCUACUUGAAAAUUCCAAUAACGGAAAGCAUGGUAUAUCCAAAGUAGUAAAAAUAGACGGUUAUAAGUUAAUUUGUUUCACAUUUUUCCCAAGUUCGUAUUGCAUAAUUUCUCAUAGGAGAGCAAACCUGUUGUCUCUCAAGGGUCGCUAUAGAAUUUUUGAGCUUUGCGUUCAUCAACGACGAAUUGCUGUAUCUUGUUAAUUUUGUGUUUGGAAACACUUUAAAUUUUUUAAAUCGUAAAACUGAAAGCAUUUAAUCUCUGCAGAUCAGUUUAAAAUAUCGGAUACAUUCUCGCUUAUAUCAUUCUAGAUGGAAAGAAGAAAGAGCAAAAUAUUUGGAAGACUUAGCACAAAGGCUGAUCAACAACGAAUUCAAAGAACUCGUGAUGGCUGACAGCAUCCUGAAUCUCCAUGUGUUUGUAGAAGAUGUGUAUGAGACAAGAGUUGCACCGAACGAUGCAAACCUCACUAUGGCAGAUAUGAUCACAGGCAUUGCUUUAAAAUAUAGACAAGAUGCGCUACACCUAGAUAAGGUUCCAAGUGAGAUGAUUCUCCGCCUGGAGGGUUCGUGUUAUAACGAACAAAUGAUGACGAUGAAAUUAGCUGAGAAAGCUGCACGGCAGCACGCGGAACUACAAAGACUGACAAACGAUGUAAAAAGGGCGUUUGACCCGCCAUAUGAGAAGCCAUUAGGAAAACCUGUAAAGAACCGAUCAAAAGUAAUAGACAGACGAAAAACAACUAUGAUGGUCACAAGACCGCUUACAGACGAAGAAGAGGAAUAUUUGGAGUUCUUCACAAACUUCUGCAAGUACACCGAUGAUCCCAAUGAAUACGGUAUUAACGUUAUCGAAGAAAUAGAUCUUACAUUUAGAGAAAGUAAAAGUAGCAGAAAGAGCAAGAAUAGUGAGCGUUCUGCAGAUAGUAGACUUCUAAGAAGGAGCACCGGAAGCAAAAAGUGAUGCUUAGUAUUUUUGGAGUCAUUUCUGUUCUUACUUAGUUAGUUUACGUCACACUGCUGGAUGAGGGAUGGAAUGAAAAACAAAAGAGUGACUCUCGUUAACUCUACUAUUUUGACGCUGUAGGAUACAGUAUACAUAUGCACUGACCGAUAAUUCGAAGAUAAAUGUUAUUGGCAGAAAGUAGGAAGAUCGAUUCAAUGUAAAGCAAAAUGAGAAUAAAAUGUAAAUAUUGUUUGUACACUGUAUCUCAUAUUUUAUCUAGCUUUUGUCUUCCUUGUACAACUUUAC